UCUCUUCCCCCCCCCCCCCCCCUCUCUCUCUCUCUUAGAAGCUCCCCAAUUUGGAGACAUAUGGGCAACUUUCCCCCGGGGUUCAAGGUUUUUGGUGCGGCUCAACUUGUUGGGGGACCAGGCAUUGGGCCUUUACAAAAACGCCUUGGCGGUUUCCCGGUUGGGCCUGAACCAGGUGCGUAUGCACUGUGUAAGUGCGAUGUUUGGUAAUGUAUGUACGGAUGUAAUGUACGUCUGUACUUCUCCGUAUGUACUCCGCACGAUUCCGCCGACUAUCAUCAGGUUUCAUUGUUUCGGGGAAGAGGAUGGAUGAUGGGACGUGGCAGGGCCGCAGGAGUGCCAUCAUCGGACAUGCGGAAGCUCUGCGCAUUCGGCAGCGCGCUUCUUGUUCAUGGCCUGUCGAAUAUACAUCGUACGCAGCGGCGUAUUCGAUGUCACCGCAUGAGGCUUGUCUGGUCUGGUCUGGUCUGGUCCGCCUUGGUCUCUCUUCCCCUCGGUGAGUGCGGGGAAGCUAAGGAAGCUAUGCUGAUCCAGGGGAGGGGGAAAAGGAGGAGGAAGACAGAGCAAGAGAGAAAGCGAGAGAGAUAGAGCGAGCGAAGAAGCAUAGCCAUGCUGCCAUGCAUUGGACUUGCGAGGGGGGUGAUACACUUCCGCCGACGCGCGUCGAUGAUAGGUCACCCUCCAACAAUACCGGAUGACACGGACUCUGCAUACUACCUGUACUUGUACAGGAUGGACCAAAUCACAUCUCCCGAGGGCACACGUCGACCAACGGGGAACGAUCCUGGAAGAAUGACCAUGGGGUUUCCCCUCACCGUCUCCCUCCCUGUUGGAUCUUGGGUUUGAGAUCCUGGAGGGUCUGGAGUAAAGUCGGGGUCGUGAACGAUGCAGGCAGCCGAACGACAAGGGGGGACUGGGGUAGCGGAGCAAAGCAGAGUAAAGCGGCGAAGCAUCAGAGCAGCAAUCGGCACGGAUGGAUGGCUAGUAGUGUGUACACAGUAUAGGCAUCCUCCCAUCUCUUCAUCUAUUUAUUGACGACCGCUCCGGCGGGUUUGGGGAAUCCAUCUAGAACGCUUCUCCAGGCACAUUUUGACAAGAAAAAGUGUUGCAGUUGACCUGAGCAACAACAGUACAUACCCAAAAGACGCACACGUCCCCCCGGAUAUCUUGUUUGCUUGUUUGAUUAUAUAUUUACUGUUGACAUAUCUCUCUCUCUCUCUCUCUCCUCUCCCCCGUCUCUCUCCUUCGUCUUCAAGCCAUCUCCUACGCCCACACCUUUACCAGUUUUUGUUCUGAUUCUCUCUUGACAACCACCAUCAUGAGCGGAGCAAUCCCGGACGAGUUUGACAUCAUUGUCUGUGGUGGUGGUAGCUGCGGAUGUGUCGUUGCCGGACGACUUGCCAACUUGGACCACAAUCUCAAGGUGCUCCUCAUCGAGAAUGGUGAGAGCAACCUCAACAACCCGUGGGUGUUCCGGCCGGGCAUCUACCCGCGCAACAUGAAGCUCGACUCCAAGACGGCCACCUUUUACCAGUCGAGGCCCUCGAAGCAUCUGUCCGGCCGAUCCGCCAUUGUGCCCUGCGCCAACAUCCUGGGCGGCGGCUCUUCCAUCAACUUCAUGAUGUACACUCGUGCCUCCGCCUCCGACUACGAUGAUUUCCAGGCCAAGGGCUGGUCUACCAAGGAGCUGCUGCCUCUCAUGAAGAAGCACGAGACGUACCAGCGAGCCUCUCACAACCGGGAAACUCACGGAUUCGACGGCCCCAUUAAGGUUUCGUUCGGCAACUACACGUACCCUAUCAAGGAUGAUUUCCUCCGCGCCGCCUCGUCCCAGGGUAUCCCUGUUGUGGAUGAUCUUCAGGAUCUCACUACCGGCCACGGAGCUGAGCAUUGGCUCAAGUGGAUCAACCGCGAUACGGGCCGCCGCAGUGACAGUGCUCACGCCUAUAUCCACGCAACUCGGGCCAAGCACUCCAACCUCUACCUCGCCUGCAACACCAAGGUCGACAAGGUCAUCAUCGAGAAUGGCCGAGCUGUUGCCGUUCACACCAUCCCGAGCAAGCCGCUCGACCCUAACGAGCUGAAGGGACGCACAUUUAGAGCCCGCAAGCAGAUUGUCAUCUCGGGCGGAACCCUGUCGUCUCCUCUCAUCCUGCAACGCUCCGGCGUUGGUGACCCCGAGAAGCUUCGCCGCGCCGGCGUUAAGCCCAUCGUCGACCUGCCCGGCGUCGGUCUUAACUUUCAGGACCACUACCUGACCUUCUCGACCUACCGCGCGAAGCCAGGAACCGAGAGCUUUGACGACUUUGUCCGUGGAGACCCCGAGGUCCAGAAGCGCGUCUUUGACGAGUGGAACAUCAAGGGAACUGGCCCGCUGGCCACCAACGGCAUCGAGGCCGGCGUCAAGAUCCGGCCGACGCCCGAGGAGCUCAAGGAGUUCGAGCGGUGGCCGACCCCGCACUUCAAGGACGGGUGGAAGUCGUACUUUGAGAACAAGCCCGACAAGCCGGUGAUGCACUACUCGGUCAUCGCUGGCUGGUUCGGCGACCACAUGGUGAUGCCGCCCGGCAACUUCUUCACCAUGUUCCACUUCCUCGAGUACCCCUUCUCACGCGGCUCGACGCACAUCGUCUCGCCGAACCCGUACGACGCGCCCGACUUCGACGCCGGCUUCAUGAACGACGAGCGCGACAUGGUGCCCAUGGUCUGGGGCUACAUCAAGUCGCGCGAGACGGCCCGCCGCAUGGAUGCCUACGCCGGCGAGGUCGCCAACAUGCACCCCGUCUUCGCCUACGACUCGCCCGCCCGCGCCCGCGACCUCAACCUCGCCGACACCAACAAGUACGCCCUGCCGGGCAACCUCACCGCCGGCAUCCAGCACGGCAGCUGGACCCAGCCCCUGAACGAGGCUGAGAGGAAGGCCGACAUCAAGAGAACCCUGAACGCCCACUGCGUCGACGGCCGCGAGCCGCUGAAGUACAGCGACGCGGACAUCAAGGAGGUCGAGGAAUGGGUCAAGCGUCACGUCGAGACCACAUGGCACAGUCUUGGAACCUGCUCCAUGGCUCCCAAGGAGGGCAACAGCAUCGUCAAGCACGGCGUCCUCGACGAGCGCCUGAACGUCCACGGCGUCAAGGGCCUCAAGGUUGCCGACCUGUCCAUCUGCCCCGACAACGUCGGCUGCAACACAUAUUCCACCGCCCUGCUCAUCGGCGAGAAGGCCGCCGUGCUCGUCGCCGAGGACCUCGGAUACUCCGGCGAGGCUCUCGAGAUGAAGGUGCCGACGUACCACGCCCCGGGAGAGUUUGUGCUUAACUCUCGUCUCUAAUUCUGUGUGCCACUGUGUUGCUUUCCGUUCCUCCUUGUCACUAUCUCCAGUCUGGUGAAUUGGGCGAGUGUACGAAAACCCCAGAAUGCACCCCUCCUACUCUUGUUGCGCGCGGCUCGAAGCUGUUUGGCUUUUAUUUCCUCAUCGGUCUGAACUGUUUAUAUCGAUAGCCCAGUCUGUGGUUUUUGUUCAAUACGAAUGAUGAUUCAAUUUCGAGCCUCGCGUCUGCAAUUGAGAGUGUUUUCAGUGCAGUCAACCUCUAUGACGAGUUUUUGUGUGCUGUGAGCUUCUAAAAACCUUACUUAUUGAUGUCUAUCUGAAAAGUUUGCUUUCAAAACCGACCGGACUGUACGUAUUGUACUCUUACUUCGUGUUUGGUUCAUCUUUCAUUCUUGGGAUAUCAGAGUUGCCAGUUCGCAGUCUGCUUGGCGUAUUGGUAGCAUGAAUAGUUGACGAAUAUCCCACGUGCCUGCGAGUAUUUCUAGCAAGAAGCAAUAAACAAUGCUUUUAUCUACCG